AUGUUCAGUUUCAUUGCGAUUGCUUGCUUGUUCGGUGUGGCAACGGCUGCUCCGUCUGCGAUCGGGGCACUGCCUGUUGCUACCGGCAGUAUUUCAAUCCCUCGUUACGGCUUCAACUAUGCUGUCAACGACCCCUUAACUGGCGAUCAGAAGGCACAAACUGAAUCCCGGGAUGGAGGAUACGUUAAAGGCUCAUACUCACUCACGGAACCCGACGGUACUCUGAGAGUGGUGGACUAUACUGCUGAUCCAGUGUCAGGAUUCAACGCAGUAGUUAAACGCGUGGGACCGGCCGCCCACCCACAGACGUUAGUAGCUGCUCCCGUUGUGAGCAAGCAAAUCGUGGCGCCUAUUGCCGCUGCCCCCAUCGCUAGUGCAGGAUACGCGUCCAGUCUCGUUGGCCUCGGUGGUUAUGGAUUAGGUUACGGAGCCGACUUCGGCCACGCUGGUCUCGGCCACGCUGGUCUCGGCUACGGUGGUCUCGGCCUCGCUGGCGCGGAUCUCGGCAUCGGAUACGGUGGUCUCGGCUACGGUAUCGGCGGUCUUGGCGGUCUCGGCGGCUGGAAGCACUAG